CGGCAGCAGCAGCAGUCGCUCACAGCGCUGCUGUAGAUGUUAAAGCUGCCCGUCGCUACAAAGCUACAGAGGCGUUUUCUUUUCUGGAGCUGCAUCCAGGCGGAUGCGCAGUAGAGACGAUCCCUACACAGCUGCAGCUUCAGAGCCACGCCGGGACCCUUCAGCUUGUGUGUGGGUUUUUUUUUCCUGUUUGUUUGGGGGGGUUGCCUGUGGUCUACUCCUUUUUUUUUCGAUAGGGGGAAUUAGAGUAACAUUUUACCGCUUACACAGGAUCGCAAAGGAGCCGUCCUUUAUCUGCUGGUUAUGGAUUUCUUGAAGGGCAUCGCUGGUUUCGCAGGCCGUCACAUGCUGUAGGAACCAAGACGCGUGUUUCGGGACACCUGAAUUAUCUCCAGGCAGCACAUUUUUUUUAAGGCAAGCCACUCUCAGUAUGCCGCCAGCCCCCUUGGGAGGAAAUAAGCUCAAACCCACCCUCCUGUGACUUGGCUCCAUGUUUCAGCUACAAGGCGCAUCAACCUGAUGACAAGCCAAAUGGAGUCUCUCCUGGUGUAUCUGAUCAUCCUCGGUGUGGCUGUGAAGGCCCACAAAGUUCAAAUCUGUCCCAAACGCUGCGUCUGCCAGGUGCUUAACCCUAAUUUGGCCACACUGUGUGACAAAAAGGGGCUUCUGUUUGUGCCCCCUAACAUUGACAGGCACACGGUGGAGAUGCGUCUCGGGGAUAACUUUGUAACCAGCAUCAAACGCAAAGACUUUGCAAACAUGACCAAGCUGGUGGAUCUGACUCUGUCUCGGAACACUAUUGGCUCCAUCGCGCCUCACGCGUUCAGAGAUCUGGAGAACCUACGAGCCCUUCACCUCGACAGCAACCGGCUUACCCGCAUCAACAACGACACCUUCAGCGGCAUGUCCAAGCUGCACCACCUCAUCCUCAACAACAACCAGCUCACCCACAUCCAAAGCGGGGCCUUUAAUGACCUGACAGCACUGGAGGAGCUGGACCUGUCUUACAACAACUUGGAAAGCGCCCCCUGGGUGGCCAUUCAGAGGAUGUCCAAUCUCCAUACGCUCAAUUUGGAUCACAACAUGCUCAGCUACAUCCCAGAGGGCACCUUCUCUGGGUUGCAGAAGCUUAAGCGAUUGGAUGUGACCUCCAACAAGCUCCAGAAGCUUCCUCCUGAUCCUAUUUUCCAGAGAGCCGGGGUCCUGGCAACAUCUGGGAAAAUGGGGCCUACAUCGUUCGCACUGAGCUUUGGGGGGAACCCACUGAGGUGUAACUGUGAGCUUCUUUGGCUGCGGAGGUUGCAGAGGGAGGAUGAUCUGGAGACCUGUGCUUCACCGCAACACCUCGCCGGACGCUAUUUCUGGACUGUUUCGGAAGAGGAGUUCCUGUGCGAACCUCCUCUCAUCACCAGGUACUCUCAGGAGCUGCGAGCUUUGGAGGGUCAGAGUGUGACUCUGCGCUGCAAGGCUAGGGGUGACCCUGACCCCAUUAUCCACUGGAUUGCACCUGAUGGACGCCUUAUGUCCAACUCCUCCAGGGCUGUAGUCCACACCGACGGCACGCUGGACAUCCUAAUCAGCACUGUCAAGGACUCCGGUUCCUUUACCUGUGUGGCUUCCAACCCAGCCGGAGAGGCCCACAGUGCAGUAAAGCUGGUCAUUACCAAACUCCCUCACAUCACCAAUAACACAAUCGAGGAGCAGGAGCGUGACCCCGGCUCAUCAGAUAUCGCCACAGUGACCAAGACGGGGGCAGAGGCAGGAGGGGUGCCUCUGGGGAAUGCAAAGACGAGCCAGGAGAAGAAAGUAGUAAUUGCUGAGGCCACCUCGACCUCAGCUCUGGUCAAGUUCAACUUCCACAGGAGUAUUCCUGGAAUCCGCAUGUUUCAGAUCCAAUAUAAUGGGACGUACGAUGAUUCAUUGGUAUACAGGAUGAUACCCCCGACCAGUAAGAGCAUCUUAGUAAACAACCUGGCGGCUGGUACGCACUACGACUUGUGCGUGUUGGCCAUCUAUGACGACCAGGUGACCUCGCUGACCGCCACCAGGGUGAUUGGUUGCAUCCACUUUACCACUGAGCCGCAGUACCUGAGAUGCCAUUUCAUGCAGUCCCAGUUUCUCGGUGGUACCAUUGUGGUUAUCAUCGGAGGGAUUAUCGUGGCGUCUGUGCUCGCUUUUAUCAUCUUCCUCAUUGUGCGUUAUCGGGUGUGUAACCAAGGGGAUGCAGAUAAGGCGCUAGAGAUGGGGGAUAUUAGGUCACUGAGCAGUGAUGGACAGCUACAGGGCUGUGGGAUUCCCAAGUCCCUCUCUAAGCAGGUUCUGCGGCCAGAGAAGAAUGACAAGGACUGCCUCCGUGUCGCCCUGCCUCCCCCGGAGCCAGCCAAGCAGCGACCGCCUGUCGUGGUGGCAUCCACGAAACCGUCUGUCCCUGACUGCACGGUCUCUACCUCAGCUGGAAGUCACAGCUGGCACCCAGCCUCCCCGGGCACUCCGAGACCCAAGCAUUCGACCGCUCCGACAAAACCCUCUGAGGCUCGCCGAGCUGAAGCAGAUGUCGAGCUCGACAACAUGAACCGGAAUAACUCGUCGGAAGUGAAAACGGCCCAAGCCAUCACUCUCGCUGUACCGGGCCAGCCCACCAAGUUGACUGCCAUCCCCAGGGCUCCGCGGCCCCAUCAAGUUGCUCGACAAUACAUGACUGUUCCCGCAGGAGGGGCGAGGGUGAACCGCAGGCACUCGUUCAAUGCAGAGUCGUACGCGGAGCGCUGCUACGUGGCCUACCCAAAAACCGGGGCCAGCCUGCGCUCCAAACGCAGCCUGUCAAUGAGCGGAGAGCUGCCGCAGCUCGAGAGCACAACAAACAUUCGCCGGGCCAGGGACAAGCUCUCGAGGUCUGAGUGGCUUCUGGAGAGCACUUUAUGAUUUUGAAGUUUUGCUACCUGCGCUCUCUUGGAUUGCUGGAUUGGAUUUGUGGCCCGUGGUGAGCAGACAGGAUUUUAUGCCAUGGGUUUUUUUUGUUUUUUUUUUGGUUUUUGUGUUGUUGUUUUGGAGCUUUUGUGCUCUUUGUUGAAGGACCUGUAGGCUUCUCCCGUAUAUCUGGGAGAAGGCAGGCGACACAGGGUUUACGGGAAAUGAUUCACAUUUGUUUUCUACCUUAUAACCUAUCAAAGUCUUCUUUAUAACAGAGUUUGAUCAAACUUUGAUGAAAGGCACAACAAUGUAUAAAUCAAACUUCAUGUACAAAACAAAACAUGUUUUAGUUGUGUGAGAUACUAUAUAUCUCAGUACAACCAUAAGUGUUCAUGUGGUAUCGAAUGCAGUAACCUGGACAAUACUGUAUUAUAACAGAAGCAUCGCACAGGGGAUGGGGUUAUUAUACUUAACAAUCUCAUUGCCUGUUACUUAAAGUGAUACAAUCUCUGUAGACUACACGAUUCUUGUCUCCAGCUCUGCAGACAGUGACAUGUCUUAAUUACUUUGGAUGUGGUUUUGGAGUGAUUACGAAUGUGCUUUACAUCCCAGAGGUGUAGGAAAAGAAUGUAGUAGACUGACAGCCCUCUAUCUUUUCAUCCCCACCCAGCCCACCCCCAGACACAGCACAAUGCAGCAUUUCUUUGUGUGUGUGUGUGUGUGUUUGUUUGUGCGUGUGUGUGGCACAAGUCGACUCAGCCUAAUACUGCCCUCCGGUUUGAAUCGAUACAUUUUUAUCACGUAAUUACACGAAGACUCAACUCUGAUAGGAUUCCUGUCAUGACUGAUUUGAGCGACGAUUGAGCCAACACCCACAGCGUGACAAGGUGCGGGAAGUAAUCUGAUGUUACGCGUGGAUCCAGGGGAAUGAUUCAUUUUCAUGUUUUUGCUUUGUUUGUGUUUUUUCCCCCCUAACUUACUGAAGUGAUCGUGUCAUGCCGAUGACAACCAUUGUAAAUCAAAUGAAAUGUAAGAGAAACAGUGACUGGGAGGACGUCUGCUCUUGGUUUUUUGCUGUUGUUUCUGUUUGAUGUUUACCAGUAUAAAUAAACCAGUGAUUUAAAAACCAAAAACACCACAAAAAUAAA